AUGCUUCCGCCAAAGUAGUUCUGCGUAGGAAUGAAAAUGUAAAUAAUGAAAGAAAAAUCGUUUCGUAGUGUGUGUUUAAAACGGAAUGUUGUUCAAAGAAAUGUUAUUUAAAUAUUUUUAAAUGUGAUUUUGAAUCUCUAUUAAGACUGAUAGCGAUUAUCAGAAGCACGGCGUAAAAGAAGCCGGUGUGUACACACUGGUAUUCCAUCAUCACAAACAUAGGCAUACGGGAUUUCCGGUGUGAUGUUACUAUUUAUAGCGAUGCUGGGAUACCAAGCUGGUUUCCCAUACUUACAUUCUUCCGCUAUCAAAUGUUGCACCCGUUGCUUGGUAUUAUUACAAAACAUCGUUCUCAUUACAGGGCGUAAAUAAAUAAUGGCGACAUUUUGCCAUCGCGAGCUUGACAUCGACGGUUUCUCUGGAAAAUCGAAAUUAAAUGGACAUCAAAGUGGCGUGAUGGUUGCGCCCGGUGAACUUCCCCAAGUUGUACACAGGCACUUUACCGAAGCGGUUCAUCCGUCUGACGAUUGUGAUACAAACUUGUGUGUGCCUAUUUUGCAAGCAUCGACAAAAACGCCUCCGAAUACUUCUGAGCUGUCCUCAAACGAUCUUGAAAGUGAUGCUACAAAUAUUAGUUUUCAACAACAACAUUUACAGUCAACACCCCAGCAACGGCCCUGGCAGCAAACACAACAGUUGGUACCAAGGCCCCAAACCAAUGUUUCUAACUCUCAGGACGUCAAUAAUGCAUCCACUUUAACGCAAACAAAUUCAAGCGGACCAUCAACGCCCAAGUACCCGAAUUUUUCGACGGUUCCCCAAAGAUUAAAAUCUUUUGGAGCCGUGGUUCUCGCAGUUUCCACACAGCUUCUCAGCGUGGCUGGAUUCUACUUGGUCCGAAAUGGAGGCGAAGACGCUACAAGAUGUUACCAUUGCGGAAUUGGAUUACGCCAUUGGAGCCCGGAAGAUGACCCAUGGGUGGAGCAUGCGCGAUUUUCUCCGAAAUGUGAAUACUUGUUGACGAUGAAAGGGCAAGAGUUUGUAAAUCUGAUCCAGUUAGCAGUAAAAUAUUCAUUUAAUACGGCAAACAGUGCAACCAAUCAACUGGGCAACACUUCGUCUUCUAGUAAUGCUAAUAAUUGUUCAUCAGAGGCUAAUGUUUCGAAAAGAAGACAAGAAUUAGUGAGAGAGAACGCAGAAUUACGCAGCAUCACAAAGUGCACGUUCUGUGCCCGUAAGGAGGUUUCACUGGUUUUCUUACCCUGUGGUCACCUGAUUUCGUGUGAAGCCUGUGGGAAGGAGCAACGAAUUUGCAGAAUUUGUAAUCAAAGCAUUAAAGGCACAGUGCGGACAUUUAGGGCUUCAAAUCAUGCAUAUGAAUUAUAUGAAUGAGCUUGCGUUGGAUGUAUGCUAUGCUGGGUAUGGCCAUAAUGAUAAUCUUUGCUACAUAUAGCUGGACAUUGCCCAAUGUCAGAGCUUUGCGGGCAGUAACGACAACACGAGGUAUGAUUACCUUGUCGACGAUUCGAUGACGCUUUAAGGCUCGUCACGGACGCUCACAUGCCAGAUCUGUCUGAAUGCAUCAUCCGACAGUAGAUUGUAUUGGCAUUAACAACACAUGACACAGAAAACAUGCCCACAUGUAGAGGGAUUAGGAUUUCGUGUGUUUAUUUUCAAUAUUAUAAGUCGCUCAUAAAAUAACAAUUUGUUAUCUAAAACAAUUGUUUUCCUUCAAAAGUCAGUUAUCAUUAUUACUCAAAUAUAAACAAGUUAUUAGCAAUAACCAUUAAUUAUUAAUUAAAAUUGCUUUUGUGUGCGUGUGUGUUUGCAAUUGUGCUGUAAAUUGUUAACAUUGUAUAUGUUUUUGAGUGCGGAAUUCAUAUACUGUUAUUUUCGAACAUAGAUAUUAUUAAGUAUUAUGACAAUUACUAUUUACUUAAGACUUGUUUAAACCUUGCACAAAACUCACAAUAAUUUAAGUUCUCAGUUACUUAUCAAUGGUAUUUGAGUUAUGUUUUAUGAUUAAUUUUCAAUUCAAAGUUUAUAUCUUCCUGUGAUUAGUGUAAUCGCGUACCUUUUA